GCGGCGCGGGGCUCGUCAACAUGGCGGCUUCUGUGUCACCGCUCUGCUCUUCCUUCCGACUGUCCAGCGGUGUCCUGCGGCCAUGCUGCACCGCCACGUUCCGCAUUCACAGAAAGUCAGGAGGCGAGCGGAGGUUCUUCCACCGGUCCGCGACUAGACAGGAUGCCAUAGUGAUCUCAGGGACAGCAAUGGCCAGACAGAUACACAAGGAGAUCCAGCGCGACGUGGAGGACUGGGUAUCCAGGGGCAACCCUCGGCCGCACCUCAGCGUCAUCCUGGUGGGCGAUGACCCCGCCAGUCGCACCUACGUCAGGAACAAGACUAAGGUCGCCGCGGCCCUUGGUAUCUCCAGCGAGACGCUUGUGAGACCCAGCUCCGUGUCGCAGGACGAGCUCCUCGAGAUGAUCUACACGCUGAACCGAGACUGGAGGGUCAGUGGCCUGCUGGUUCAGCUUCCUCUUCCUGCGCACUCUUGGACCCCCAAAGAGCUGCCCCCUCAGCUUCUGUCCUCCCACACAGAGCACAUAAAUGAGCGAGCGGUGUGCAAUGCCAUUGCGCCCGAGAAGGACGUGGAUGGCUUUCACAUUGUCAACAUCGGGAAGCUAUGCCUUGACCAGAAGUCUAUGGUGCCAGCGACGCCUGCAGCAGUGUGGGAGAUCUUAAAGAGGGCAGAGAUUCAAACAGCUGGGAGGACCGUACUGGUGGCCGGGCGAUCAAAGAACGUCGGGAUGCCCAUUGCGAUGCUGCUGCACACAGAUGGACGGCACGAGCGCCCGGGGGGUGAUGCCACUGUGACGAUCGCUCAUAGGUGCACCCCUAGGGAGCAACUGAAGGAACUUGCCAGCCUUGCUGAUAUUAUAGUUGCUGCUGCAGGAAUUCCUCAUCUGAUAACAGCAGACAUGGUAAAAGAAGGAGCUGCAGUCAUAGAUGUCGGCAUAAAUCGCAUUGAGGAUCCCAACACUGGAAAAAUCAGACUAAUCGGAGAUGUUGACUUUGAGGAGGUGCGAAAGAAGGCGGGGUUCAUCACUCCAGUGCCCGGAGGAGUUGGCCCCAUGACUGUCGCCAUGUUAAUGAAGAACACAGUGACCGCAGCAAGAAACGCACUCAUGCACUGAAAUGCACACACGCACACACCUCACACACAUUCUACUCUGGCGAGCAUGUGAAAAUGAUGCCACUAUUUAAUCCAAAGAAAUUUCUAGUGAAUUUGCUGUAGCCCUACAGAUGAAAACUGUAUCCAUUUUAAAGGAUUGCCACUAGUGUAUUUACAUGGUCCAGUCAGUAAGUUCUAAGACCAGCCAUCGUGUGGCACUGUUUUGGUUGCAAAUAUCAGUUCAGGUGGAACAGUGGCAUCACGUAGCAGCCAGUCUUGGAACUUAUUUAUUGCACUAUGUAUAUAUGAACACUGACAUUUGGUGGACCUGAAAACAAAGCAUUUAAAUGUUCUCAUUUGAAAAAAAUGCUGUUACCUUACAUUGCUGUUACUCAUUGUUGCAAAACUUGAUUAGUUACAACAGACAUGUCAUAAAGGUAAUGUGGCAGAACAGAAUAUAUAAUUUUAUGGAAUGUUUAGCAAGCUUUAGGGUUGGUACGUGACAUAAGGAUUAUAAACCUGAACAUAUCGACACUGAAGAAGCACUGAAGAGCUGCCUGCUCACCUUUCCAAACAGCAGCUAUUUUAUUUAAUUUAUAAAUUUGUAUUUUUUGUACUGCAGUUAUUUAUAUUGGUUUAUGUAGCAACAUUCCACAGUGACUACUUUGUUACUAAAAAGGUCUGAGGUGUGGCUAGUUUACUUGUUCAAUUUUGGCAAAGACAAAAUAAACAAUGACUUUUUCA